AUGGGUUUUUCUUCCUCAUAUUCCGAAGUUCAAUGUUUUGAGGAAAACGCUGCAGCAUCUGUUGCUCCGGACGUACUAGGUGGUGACAUAAACGCACUAGAUGCAGCCCUUCUGUUUGCAGCUGAUAACGUUGACCAUAACAUCAUCCUGUUAGAUGGAAAGGGAACAUUUCACGGCAUGGGGAUGAUAGCGGCCAUAACCCCAGGAAGGCAGACCAGUCACACUGUUCUCAGACAAAAGAUCAUGCAGUUAAAGAUUGUUGAUCUAGCUCAAGUUGAUAUCAAAGAAUAUCGGUUUGCGAAAUACGCCCGAAACAACAUAAAAUUCGAUCCCAUGCCUUACUUUGACGGCGAUGCCCACAAGAUUGAUAUAUUGUGGGCAAUGUCCUUUCGCUUCAAAAAGUCCGUGCCAGGCUGGCAGGGAAUGAUGCAUUUGUUACACAAAGAUUGCGAUCAUCCAGGACAAUCUUCGGUCGUCUUUCUACCAAUAAUUGACAUGUAUCCUGGAGAUACAUUGUGCAUCUUCUCCACCCUUGAAUACUUGUGCAAUCUUGCUAAUGGACACAAAACUACAGCAGUUGUUACAUUCAAUCAGCCACUUUACUGGAAAGCUUGA